GGGCUUUAUUUUUUAAGCCCAACCCAUAGCAGUUAGGUUUAAGAGCACUGAAAACUCUCCCGGCAGAAAAAACAGCACCACACUGUGCUCGCACACAAUCAAACCUCAAUUCCACAACCAUGCCUUCUCGCGGCGGCGUUCCAGUGGCGGAGGCACUUCUCCCCUCUGGCCGAAACCCCGAGAGACUAAGCCUCCCAGCACUCCAAUCAAAGAUGAAAUGCGACCCUGAAGGUUACGAAUCAGAACUUCUCCUUAUCCGUAGCCAAUUCGAUUCAUCACUCGAACUCUUCAAACAACAAGCUGAUAUGAACUUCACUUCAAUCUCCGGCAUCAGCAACGAUCCCACCGUCGCUAGAGAUCUCGCUGAAAAAGCUAUGUUUCUCUCACACGUUACUAGCUUUUUCCCUCAACAUCUCACUGAUUUCCCUCACAAAGUUGCGGAAUUGCUUCAUCGUGCUGCACGAACGCUUCCUUCUGGAUUGAGAAAUGACCUAGCGAAAUCGCUUAUCUUGCUUAUCAAUCGAGGGAUUGUUAGUAUUAAAGAGAUGCUUCCGUUGUUUAUGGAGCUUCAAACACUAGGUGAUAAACCGUUGAGGGAAUUGGCGUUUAAGCAUAUUGUUAAAAGUAUAAAGCGUAUGAACUUGAAGCAUAAGGAUGAAGCAAAAAACCGUGCACUUCAGAAUAUUCUUUUUGUUAUGCUACAGCAAGAGGAUGAAGAUCGGGCUAGGAGGGCGCUUGUGACUCUAUGCGACCUUCACAAGAGACAAAUAUGGUUUGAUGAGAGAACGGCAAAUGCAAUUUGCACUGCUUGCUUUCAUCCAUCGUCAAGAAUCAUGAUAUCAUCAUUAUGCUUUCUGCUUGAUUAUGAGAAGAUUGAAAACUACCAAGAUAGUGAUGAUUCAAGCAGUGACGAAGACACGACUGAAUCACCGCAAGUUAUUCUUAGAAGGGAGACAGUUUAUAAGGCAAAACACCAAGGUACAUUAGCUAGCAAGAAGAAAAAGAAAAACAAAUUAGACCGCAUAGUGCGCAACAUGAAAAAGAAACAGCGGAUAUCUUCUGAAAGGAACAAUAACAUCUAUUAUUCACCACUGAACAAUCUGAUAGAUCCCCAGGGUUUUGUUGAGAAGCUGUUCGCACGUCUGCAGAAAUGUAAUGAAAGAUUCGAGGUCAAGAUGAUGAUGUUGAAAGUGAUUGCUCGGACAGUUGGGCUUCACCAGUUAAUUUUGUUAAACUUUUACCCUUAUCUUCAGAAAUAUAUCCAGCCCCAUCAACGAGAUGUUACAAAUUUGCUUGCAGCAGCGGUUCAGGCUUGUCAUGAUAUGGUUCCUCCUGAUGCAGUUGAGCCCUUAUUCAAACAAAUUGUCAAUCAAUUUGUACACGACCGCUCACGUCCAGAGGCUAUCACUGUUGGAAUAAAUGCUGUCAGGGAGAUAUGCCUGCGUAUGCCUCUGUUGAUGAAUGAAGACCUACUACAAGACCUUGCUCUAUAUAAGAAGUCACAUGAGAAGGGAGUAUCCAUAGCCGCUCGAUCUCUGAUUGCAUUAUUCCGAGAGAUUUGCCCUUCACUGCUAAUUAAAAAGGACCGAGGGCGACCUACUAACCCUACGGCAAGACCAAAGGCCUAUGGAGAAGUCAAUGUUGCGUCUGACGUUCCUGAUGCUGAGUUGUUGCAGACUAUUGACGAUGAUGUUGAGCAGGAAGGUUUAAAUUCUGAUGAUUCUGUAUGCAGUGGCUCAGACAAUGACCAGGAAAGUUUAAAUUCUGAUGAUGAGAACCAGCUAGGCAGUGAUGAUGAUGAUGAUGAAGUCAAUGAUCAUGAUGUUGUAUCAGAUGAUGAAAACGAUGGAUGUUCUGAUUUUGAAAACAGUGAAGAUGUUGAAGACGAGGAGGAUGAUCUAGAAGAUAGUGAAGAGGCUGAGGAUGAGGAUGGUGAGAUUUCGGAAGAUGGAGGAGAUGGAGAUGAUGAUCUCGAUACUUAUAGUCAUGAUGGAAGUGUGGAGACAAAAACUACAUUAAAAGGCUCGGCAAAAAAGAGGAAGUUUAGCGAUUUCAAUGAUCAACUUACAGCUGCUGAUACAAGUCUCCGGGCUUUGAAGAAAUUGGCAGGGACAACAACGGAGGAUGCCCUACCAGAAAAUGAAGAUGGAUUUCUUUCUACCGAAGACUUCCAGAGGAUCAAGGAACUAAAGGCAAAAAAAGAGGCAAGAACUGCAUUAGCACAGCACGGGCUUGUAAAGUCAACAACAAAUAAGAUUCGAAGCUCUGAUCAACUAAGUUUAAAGCGAGUGGAUGGUUCCAUGCUUGAAGCUCAUGUAAAGAGAAAGCUUAACAAGCAGGAGAGGCUGGAAAUGGUUAAAGCAGGGAGGGAGGAAAGAGGAAAGUACCAGGCCAGAGCUGCUGUAAAACAGAAAAAGACGGGUGGUCUAAGUAACAAACAGAAGGAACACAAGAAAAUUAUGCCGAUAGUUGCAAAGAGGAAAAAGAUGGCAAGAACUCGGAUAGCCAAAAGGAAAAAAGAUCGGCGAUCUGGUAAACAACAACGCGGGAAGAAAGCAUGGAAACAGUAAUCAACAAAUAUAUGUGGUGGGGUUGCAUCAUAAGUUGAUUCUUUUUUAUUCUUAAAAUUAACCCUUAAGACUGUUUUUUCCGGACCUCUUUUUUAUAGUAAGUCAACUCCAAUCAACAAGAUGCUACUUGAUUUUUGUUAUAUUAAUUUAUGGUGUAAUAUUUAUAAAAAUUCCUUAAGAUUGAAUUUUGAUUCUGCAUUCCA